AUGCCCAAGUCGUCCGCCGCGCCUGCGCGCCCUCCCAGGCCUCUGUACUCCCUCCACGACGACAAGCACCAAUACAGCCGCGACCGACUCGACACGGACCUUGACGUCGAAAAACGCUUUGAAGAAAGCAUAGGAUACACACUGGCCACCGAAGGAGGAGCCGCCGAUCCAGCCAUGGGUGCCGCCGGGACCCUCCAGAUAUGGCCCAAGUUGCACAUGGAGCCAUACCAGAACAUGCCCGAACUCGACAAGGCGAGAUUCAACCGCCUACCGAGCAAUCACACCGAUCCCUUCCUCUCACAGCCCGCCAGGCCCCGACCGACCCUACAUGCUACUGCCAGUCAGCCCGAUCUGUAUUCGGCGUCGCGCAAGAAUGCAAUCAUGACCGAUGCCGCCGUGCCUCCACCCGUCCCCCAACAACUCCAACGCAGCCACAGGGUCGAUUUUUCCAGACUUUUCUCACGACACAAAUCAAAGAACAAGGACAAGGAAAAGGAAAAGACGACGAGAAGACCUUCGGCUCCUCACGUACCUGCGCCGCCGUCCCUGCCUCUGCCACCACCGCCGCCGGUACCUGCAUCCGUUCGCUCCCGUCAAGGUAGCGAUAUCUCGUCUGUCCGACCUGCCUCUUCAGGAACCGCCAGCCAUCGUACUCAGGCCACUGCCUUUGACCGAAACGCUACCGAAAAUGCAAAGAUCAACGUGCGCAGGCCGCCAAAGGGCAUCAAGCAUUGGUUCGAAGCCGUCGACUCUUCCGACGACGACUUGCCCGAAGUCGUUACUCCUGCCGAAACCAUUCACCACUCUGCUUUUAACCCAGCACUUGGCCCAGGAAGAUCAAGGGUUGCACCCACCUCGCGUGUUACGCCCAAUUGCGAAGGCUCGUCGUCGGAUUACUUCCGAUACCAGAGCUCCACACAUCAAGCACACUCGCAGAACCAAAAUCUUCAGGAACGCAGCAUGCUAAAUCUUUCAUCCGAUGAAGAGGACGAGCGUUCAGAGCCUCCAUCACCACCUAGAUGGGCAGACCAUUCGACUACCGCAAGUGGACCUGCAUCUGACUCGGUUAGCUGGAACAAAAUGGCUGCUACCAGGCAGUCAACCUUUAGCAUGCAAACCACAAUGACGUCUGGUUCCAUUCCCAUCAUCCACGCCGACAACCUGGAACUGGCUUACCGAACUCCGCUACCUCCUCUUCCUGCCCAGUAUCAACAAUACACGGAACCCAGCGCUGUUCCUGCACCUCUACGGAAACAAAAGUCUUAUCAUUUCUCAUCUCCUGGACGAACACGAGCGACGAGCAUUACAUCGACCGGUAUGCAAAGUGCCAACAGUGCCUCUAGCGCUGGACAGUCUCACGUCAUGGCUGUUACUCAGGAGGAGAUGGCUUUGCUCGAGAUGAUGCGUCGCAAGAGAGCCGAGAUGCAGACUCAGUCUAACCAUCCUGCUCGAAGACAAGAUCCGUCAAACCAGCCCUCUCAUUACGAUCGUAAGAACUCAGUCGGCAGAAGUACCGCUUCAUCGACCUUUUCGAGGGGCAGUGCUAUGAGUAUAGGAAUGAUGCUUGACGCUCCCGAAGGCACUGCUUUCCCAGCACCUCCAAGCAACAGGAUCCUCCAGGAAACUCAUGAAAUGAACUACUUCACUCUUGACGAGGAACGUAGCAGCAGAUCCUCAGAGAUGUUGACGCCUCAUUCGUACAUGUUGGCCGAGCUGGAAGCACCUACCGAACAAUUGCAAGCCCUCUGCUUCCAACAACCACCGAAGUCUGCAAGCUCGAGUCAAAAUAAACUCGUCCCGUUUGAGAAUACAGCCGACCCCUACCGUCUAGCACCAGAUCUUGAGCUCUCUUCCCUCGACCUCUUGCCGCUUCCUGCACGUACCUACUCUCCGUCUCUCGCCGGCACUUGCAGUUCAGCCGCGACUCCUGAGUUUAGUACUCACGGCAACACCAACUUCAACGUCGUUGGCAGCGAUAGCGAGACCAGUAGCGAGGCAGACCGCUACCGCAACAGCGUCAAGACCAUGGACAGUGUAGACUUAGAUGUCUAUACCGCCUGGGAACGUCUGGGUGGCCUGUAA